GACCGUGUCCUUACCUGACUCUGAAUGGAUCCUGCAAUUUCUGCUGCUGCUCUGGCCCUGGGAGGACCCUCACCCUGGCUCUUAGCACUGCUAGGGACUUUACUAGCAACGUUUGCGGCAGCUUACAAACUGGGACUAGUCUACCAGCUUCGGCAUCAGGUGAACACCCAGAGCCCUCGGCAUGGCGGGGAGAGUGUGGCGGAAGUGCUGAAAGCCCACGGGGUGCGCCACGUCUUCACGCUGGUGGGGGGACACAUCUCCCCCAUCCUGGUGGCCAGUGAGAAGCUGGGCAUUCGCGUGGUGGACACAAGGCACGAGGCGACGGCCGUGUUUGCGGCGGAUGCGAUGGCCAGGCUCUCAGGGACGGUGGGAGUGGCGGCCGUGACGGCAGGACCAGGGGUGACGAACACCGUGACAGCUAUGAAGAACGCCCAGAUGGCGGAGUCUCCCGUGCUGUUGAUCGGAGGGGCCGCUGCCACACUGCAGAAGGGGCAAGGGGCUCUCCAGGAUAUCGACCAGCUGUCACUCUUUAAGCCGCUCUGCAAAUUCUGUGCCACGGUGAAGACCGUGCGGGAGAUUGUCCCCGUGCUGCGGAAGGCCAUCGCCAUCGCUCAGAGCGACACGCCAGGUCCCGUGUUCGUGGAGUUCCCUCUGGACGUCUUGUACCCCUAUCAUCUGGUCAAGAAGGAGAUCUUGAAAGCGGAGGCUCCCAAGGGCCUGGUGGGAAAACUGGUGAACUGGUAUCUGCGCAACUACCUGGCGAACCUGUUUUCUGGGGCUUGGGAGGCGAGGGACAUUUCACCUCUGCCCGUAAGGAUGCCGCGUGCCACGAAGGAGCAGGUGCAGCAGUGCGUGGAGCUCGUCAGCCGAGCCAAGAAGCCGGUCAUCCUCCUCAGCAGCCAGGUGACCUUGCCCCCAACGCCGGUAGAGGUACUCAGAGCCGCUUUAGAAGGCCUGGGCAUUCCGUGCUUCUUGGGAGGCAUGGCCCGUGGCAUGCUGGGAAAGGAUAGCCCCCUGCACAUCCGUCAGAACCGCAAAGAGGCCCUCAGGGAGGCAGAUGUGGUAAUCCUGGCAGGUACCGUCUGUGAUUUCCGCCUGUCCUUUGGCCGUGUCCUGAGCAGGCGUAGCAAGGUCAUUGCCGUCAACAGAGACCGGGCGCAGCUGCUGAAGAACGCACGCUUGUUCUGGAAACCCCACUUGGCCAUUCAAGGGGAUGCGGGGUCCUUCCUGGUGGAGCUGAGCAAAGGCCUUAAGGGAUACUCCUGCCCCCAGGAGUGGCCACAGAGCCUGAAGGAGACGGACCGGGUGAAGGAGAAAAUAAACAGCGACAAGGCGGAGGAGCCGGUGGAGCGGUACCUCAACCCACUGAAGCUGCUGCAUCGCGUGGAUCGCCUGCUCCCUGAAGACAGCCUGCUGGUGGUGGACGGGGGAGACUUCGUGGGGAGCGCCGCCUACAUUGUGCAGCCCACUCGUCCACUGGCUUGGCUGGAUCCAGGAGCUUUUGGGACCUUGGGAGUUGGCGGAGGGUUUGCCUUGGGAGCCAAGCUCUGCCGACCGGAGUCUGAGGUCUGGAUUCUUUAUGGGGACGGCUCUCUUGGGUUCAGCGUAAUGGAAUUCGACACCUUCGUGAGACAUAAGACGCCGGUCAUCGCCCUAGUGGGGAACGAUGCCUGCUGGAGCCAGAUCUCCCGCGAGCAAGUCCCCAUGCUGGGCAGCAACGUCGCCUGCAGUCUGGAUUACCUCGAUUACCACGUGGUGGCUGAAGGCCUAGGCGGGAAAGGCCUCCUCCUCUCCCACCAGAACGAGGAGCAAAUGGACGACGUCAUCAGGGCCGCGCAGGCCGAGUGCCGGGGCGGGCGGCCCACCCUCAUCAACGCCCUCAUUGGGAAGACGACCUUCCGCAACGGAUCCAUUGCCGUCUAGAGGCGGAGCCGGGCCCACGGAAUGCGAGGAGCCGGCUCCAUGGCAGGGCUCCCGCCGCGGGAGAGUGUACCCCUGCCGGAUCGCUCCCGGGCAAGCAGGUGGGCCGACGGAAAGGCCCGGCGUUUGGGCUGCCAGGAACUCCUUGCCUCAACAGUUCCUCCCCCGGUCCUUUCCCGCGAGCAUCAGUCUGCCUUAACUUUUUUCGUCCUUCGGUCCCACCGGAGCUUUCGUGUGCCGCCUGCCCCUCUCUCCGGGGGGUGUUGUCCAGGGCGGUCAUAGAACUAACCCGUUUCUUGAGUUGCCGCUGGGGGUCUGCUUGGGUGGCGGUUCUCUUCCACGCCUCAGCAGAGCAACUCUCCCGGAGAAGGUGAUUACACCCCCCGCCCCCCCAGCCUGCCUACCGGGCACGUAUGUGCUCACCUGAGCAGUCGGCACUGAGAGGGCCUUGUGGCUGCGUGGACCACGACGGUAGGUAAGGCUUGGUGGAAAAGGCUCCAAAAUAA